AAUAUUUCCAACCAAUAUAUAUAAAAUAACCAAAUCUGUUUCAUGGCCGCCCAAGAUUCUACUUCUUCCUCCAACAACGCUAUUGUUUACCAUGAUGGAAUGGGAAGGCCUUCUGAGCUGUCCCCUCUGCAAAAGCAUGUAUCGUUCUUUGAUAUCAACAAGGAUGGCAUCGUUUAUCCAUGGGAAACUUAUCAAGGUUUUCGAAAAAUGGGAUGUGGAGUGCCUCUCUCCGUUUUUGCUUCCUUGUUUAUAAAUUUUGGUCUCAGUCAGAAAACUCGACCGGGAAAGUGGCCAUCCCCUCUACUCCCUAUCGAGGUGGAGAACAUCAAACUUGGCAAGCAUACUAGCGAUUCUGGUGUCUAUGACUCCGAAGGAAGGUUUGUUGAAUCAAAAUUUGAGGAGAUAUUCAAGAAACAUGCAAAAUCAAAUCCAAAUGGUUUAACAUCAAGGGAAUUGGAUGAAAUGCUCCAGGCAAAUAGGAAGCCAAAUGACUAUGGUGGAUGGAUUGGUGCAUUAUCAGAGUGGAAGAUAUUGUACUUCAUAAGCAAAGAUAAGAAUGGGAUUCUGCCCAAAGAAACUAUUAGAGGAGUUUAUGAUGGAAGCUUGUUUGAAUCAAUGGCUAAGAAGCAUGCAUCUAAGAAGCAAGUGGUAAUAAUUUCCUCUUCUUAAAAAUGCAUGGAAUAAUUUAUGAAUAUAUAUGUGUAUUCUACUCUUGCAAUGUAUGAUGUUGGGGAUUAGUUUUGUCCCCUCAUGUUUUGUGCAUUGUUUUGGUUUGAUUAAUAAAGUUAUGUUGAUGUUUUAAAAAAAUAAAUGCAAUUACAUUUGGUUGGUU